GGUCAAAAAUCCCGUCGAAAGUGGGCCAAGGGGACUCUUUUACCUGCACCCGAACUUGGAUCAUCUCCAUCGACGAGCUCCAUUGAACCUGACUUGGAAAAGUUUGAAGAACUGUCCAACUUACAGGACGUCUUAGUUCCUUGGGUUCUCAACAAUAACUCCGAUCAAAAAUCGACCGACAAGCUGACGACCUAUAACAGAUACUAUCAUCUAUUUCGCGAGGGAGAAUUGAUUGAACUGGUCAAGUGUGCCGCCGAAUCCCUUGAGCUUUCAUUCACACAACUGGACUCAGAUCUUCCCGAGUCUACUCCCCCUCAUCUGAAUGACUGGUGUCUUAUCAAACGUCACGGUUGGGAAGCAGAUAAUUGGUGGGUAGAAGUCGAGCUGGGCAUACAAGUACCAUAA